AUGAACCGACUCGUAUUUGAUUACAACAACACCUUCUUGGGGAAAUACAACUGCAGUUUUUACGAGGUCAACAUUGUGUUGCCAAUAGAGCAACGGAAAAGCAUAUUGCAUGGUACGGCAUUGUUGAUGAUGGGAAUUGUUUUUAUGGUAAGUCGUAAUCGUAGGAGACUCUAAACUAGCCAAUUUCAGCGUCAAAAAGUUAAGCUUUUAUGUUCUUUAGACUUUAUACUUGCCAUGCCUGUACGCAAUGUCAAGUGAACGCCUAAGAGCCAACUCCUGCUAUCGGCUUAUGCUGAUUAUGGCCAUUCUCGACGUGCUGGAACUCUCGUUCACCGCAGUCUAUUCGGGAAUUGCGACUAUAAUGGGAUGGCAUUAUUGUGAUACGGAUUCGGACACAAUACGGAUGGUACUGUAUUUUCAAGGCUGUCUGGUGCUCGGUAAGCCCUCUGGAACGUCUAUAUCACUCUGUCGGGAAAAUAAUGUGGAUUCGACGCGCAUUGGUACCUCCCAUUUAUACAUUUUGCUGCUACAAAUCCACAUUAUUUUCCCGACAUACUGGCACCUCAAUCUCACACAAAAUGCGUUUCAGGAUUGUGGUUCGCAUAUACGUAUACAAGUUUAAUUCUGGCGCUCAAUCGAUGCCUUUCAUUCGGCAGUUACAAAAGGGUCUUCGACCAUCCCAUUUGGCUAUUGGGGACUGUUGCUGUUCUGUUCACGACAGUCUGGUUUGUCAAUCCGCUUUUCUACCACUCCUUCAACGGAGUUUGGCUGUUCACUCCGCAUCCGCUAGAGUUAGCAAUUGUCGAUAGGGAUGAUGUGAGUUGUACUCUAAAUUUUCGGACCUGCCUCAUCCACAUGUGCGGUGCGGGACAGAAACGACUGACAAAUGAGGUCUAUAGGUCAGAAAUUUCCAAAACAUUCUGUACUUUAGAGCAACAACGAAAAAAUUUUUUCAAGGCGGGUGCUGGAUGUGCGAGUAACACGAAUUAACAUUCGGGUUUUCUCACUAGGCGGGCUCAAAAGUCUUGCCGUGUUUCCGCAUUGUGCGAGCGCAUGCAUCCUUGGGUCAAAAAUUGCCAGAACGUCGCACGGCAUUCUGUACUUUAGAACAACACCCGGUCUCCGCAACAUUUUAAUUUUUUUCGGAAUGCGCUUGCUUUUUCUCUUCAUAUCUCGCUAACCGUUAGUGUUGGAAGUCUAAAAUUUGGCACGGCAGUAAAUGACAAUUUUUUAUUUCACUGCCAUACCAAAUUUUAGCCUUCCAGCACAAACAGCUAGCCAGAUACGGACAGAAAAAGCAAGCGCAUUCCGAAAAAAAUUAACGUCGCGCAGAUCGGUUGUUGCUAAAAAGUAUAGUACAGAAUGUCGUGCGAAGUUCUGACAAUUUUUGACCCAAAGAAGCAUGCGCCCGUACAGUACGGAAACAUGUCAAGGCUAUGGGGCCCGCUAAUUAGAAAACCCGAAUGUUAAUUCGUGUUACCCGCUGUUAAAGCGCCCACCACCCGCCUUAUACAACAUAACAAAAUUUUACAUGUUAUUUAUAGUAUCACGCGCUUGCCCACUCAAUCAACAACUUCACUUUGGCCUUUACUCUUCCAAUUAUCUACUUGAGUUUCUUUCUGACUCGGCCGCGCGGUGGUAAUGGUCGGUUGGCCAAUUUUGCACGGCGAGACAUUAGCGUAAGUUGUUUCCUGAGAAUUCAGUAAUCUUAUUUGACCAAAAAUAACCAAAUAACCGAACGCGUUCGAACGUUUAAACAUGUUUCGAGGGGUACAACCUCUAAACUAUAAUGACAACAUUGUUGAAAACGUUUUUAUAUGAACAGAAGGAGUUUUCUCUCUCUGUGACCGCGUUUCGGGCACUUAUACAGUGGCGGACCUGAUCCAAUGGCAAAGAACGUACCAUUGUGCAUCCGGGAAGUAUCAAAAAUGUAGCAAAACACCUCCCUCUCCAACUAAAAAAACUCCGGUUUGAAGAGCAUCUCUCACAAAAAGAGAGAACGCGAUUUUUAAACCGGAGUUUUUUACAGAGGGAGGUAUUUUGCUAUAACGCGGUUACAAAGCGAGAGAACUUCUCUGGUCAUAACGGUGCUAAGUUCGCUGAAUGCCAUCGAAAAUGACCGAUUUCUAAACUAACAAGGGAAGUACUUGAAGUGCGACGCUCAGAUUUUGAUAAAAAUUGGCAUAGAUGGAGAUUGGAAUUUUCUUAUUCGAUUGCGAGCUUUCUAGCUCGCGCUUUGCAGUAACCGCCGAAAAAGAAGGGCCGGAAUAUCGAAAAAAAUCUUCAAAAGCCGGCGAAUUUUCCCUGAUUCCAUUGAUCUUGGCAUUCCGUUUCAGGAUAAAAAUAUAUUUUUUCUCGCAACACGGCGGUUUCAAAGGUCUCUUUCGUGGUGGGGAAAAAAAUAAAGAACGCGCAGUUUGCGGAGGAAGGUAUACGAUGAAACAUGUUUAGGAAGAAAUCGUACAGUUUCAUCAGAAGUGUGAUGUAAUUGAUACUAAAAGAAUAAAAAACAUUUUUCUUGAUCUUUUCAGACCAAUAAUUAACUCAGAAUCCACAUUAAAGUUUCUAAAAUCAUCAAAUGAGGUAACGGUUACCAUGAUUACUUAAAUGAAUAUUAAAACAGCAAUCAGGCCGUAUUUUAAUUAAACAGAGGAAGCAAACCCGUUUAAAGAUGUAGAGGAAGCAUUAGAACCUAUGGGACCAACAAAAACCGAAACUUUUUUUAAACGCUGCUUACAGCAAUAUUGUACAUAUUGUGGCAUACCUGAUGAAAACCAACUAUGGUUAUAUGAGGCUAAAAUAAUUGUUAAAUGUUUAAUUUAUAAACACAGAGAUGGAGGAGCACAGUCUAAGCGCAAUAUAUGGUCUUUUAGUAGCUUAAGCCUUGAUAGUUAAAGUGGAUAAGGUGAUGGUGGGUACUGUACCACAAGUCCUCGCUAAUGCAAAAUCGACGCUGAUUCUAAACGAUUAUUGCUUACUGAGUUGUUGUAGCACCCUAACCCCUCAUAACCACCUUUGCAUUUGUCUCACGAUCAACUUUGACCUACUACAACAUGACCAAUGUACUUUCGGCCACAGACAAGUCUCUUCAUUUGAUCACCUACUUAGCCAUGCUGUAUACCAAAAUAUAGCUAAGACAAAGUAGUUUCUAAAUCCCUGGUCGAUUUUUGAUCCGACUGUUUGUUCGAAGGAUACUGUAGUUUUUCGAAAUUGUCAAAAAUCAGCAUGUUUUUUGGGUGUCAUAACUUCUCGCUCAGUCAACCUUUUUCGACGUUUUCGGUGUCUAUCGACUCGGAAUCAUGUAUUUACAUAUCCACUUCUUCAUAUCAAGUUCCCAUUUUGAUUUUUGGUUUUGAUACGGUAUCCUCAACAUAGGCAAAUUUAGCGCCACAGACAAUUGGUCUCCGAUUUCACUUCUGCAAUGUGUUUAAUACGUCAUUAGAUAAAAGACAAAUUCUAUUUUCUAAAUCCCUGGUCGAUUUUCGAUUCGACUGUUAGUUUAAAAGUUACAGUAAAAAAACGUCAUUUUUUGCCUCCGCGAGCUGCGCCCCCGCUUCAAAAAAGGACAAAACGAGGUUCCCGCUUUUCUGUUGUGUGAAACCGCCGUGGCAAGAAAUUUUUUUUGAUAAUGUUCAACACUAUUUUGUUGCUUUUAUGUGGAAUAUUGUGCGUUAUUUCAAUUUUUAUCAAAAUCUGAGCGUCGCACUUCAAGUACUUCCCUUGUAAAUAUAAAAUACAAUGGGAGACCUGAUCCAGUGGCCAAAAACCUACCAUUUUGCAUCCGGGAAAUAUCAAAAAUGCGGCAAAAUGCUUCCCUCUCCAAGUGAAAAGCGCCCGCUCUUUUUGUGAGGCAAAGGCCGCGCCCCUCAAAAAAGUUUUUUUUUUCACUCGGAGAGGGAAGCAUUUUGCCACAUUUUUGAUGCUUCCCGGAUGCAAGAUGGUACCUUUUUUGCCACGGACCGGUCCUUCACGUUAGCUAACCCCAAUCUCUGUCAUUUCAGCUGCUAACCCAGUCCAUGCUGGUUACUGGUUCUGUUGCUCUAUGCGCCGGUUCUUACGCAUGUUUGGAGCUGUUCAAUCUGUCGGCCGAAUUCACAAAGGCUGCGCAUAUUCUAUGGAUUCUAGUGGAAGGAGCGCCGUCCGUGGUCUACCUAACAUUAAAUCAGACGAUUCUGUGCAUUCUCUGCGCGAAAGGGAAACGUCUGGCGUUGCAAACAUCCUCUACACAAUAUGCAAUUACGACGCAUAGCCGGAAACCCAGUGUUACACCUGCUAUGGACGUGGUUACCGCGUCUCCCAUGUGA